CCAGCUUUUCUCUGCAAACACAAAGGUUAGAAAUUAUUUUAAAUGAAAGUUGAGACUCUCCUCAUCCCGGUAGUUUGACCUUUUUCAGAAAAAUACCAGGUAUAAGGGGUGGAGGGGGGGGGGAGAUCAUUGCUAGAAUGGUGAUUUCUGGAAGGACUUCCGUAGGAGUUAACUGAGGUAGCCUGUUUUGGCGAUGAGUAGGAGGGGAUGGGAUAGAAGUAGAUUUAAAUAGUGAAUUUGCUGCAAAGAGGGCAAAUUCUUAUUUACUCCAGUGCCCUCUCUUAUAAUAGACCAGCAAAUCAAUGUCCGAUAUUUCAGAACAAACACAAGACAUACUCUUUGCCUAGGACAUAAUUAACCUGUGGGACACCUUGCCCUUGCAGGAUUGUUGUACCUGGACAUUUUGGCUGGAUUUCACAAAGGGUUCAACAUUAACAUUGGUGAGGAGAAGGUCUAUGUGUGUCAUAGGUUUGAAUACUUGACAGCUAUAAUUCCUGAUGCUUCAGGAUGGACUUGCCAAGGAUCAGGAGUAAACCUCCUUUAGGAGGAAGUUAACUCAUAAUUUCCCAGUAGCUUAACUUCUGGCAGUGCCUGCAGGGUACUGAACUGGACAGACCACAGCCCUGCACCGGCAUGGUGAUGGUUAUACUUCUUGCCCCAUCGACUGAUACAACCAGACACCUGCAUCUUUCCUUCUGUGCUUGCAAAGCUUGAAGGAGAGGUGAAUGCUGCAAACCUGAUUCUGAUCUGUAUGUAUGUGGGGAAGUCGAUGGGGUUCAACUAAUCUCUCUUCCCUCUAUAAUGUUCUUCUGGCUUCUCUGUAAUUGAAGCCUACAGGAUGACCCAGUCCUGCCGUUCCCCUGGAUCACAUGAAUUUUAUACAUGCCUUUUUCAUAAUUACAUUCCGGAAGACAGAGCUUCUGCCAUGUGGCUUGUGUCUAGACUGGGACCUGCCAGGACCUUAGGCGGGGAUAGUUUGGGGGUGGAGAGGCAGAGGAGUACCACAUACUUAAGGUCUUCCCUCUCCCUCCCACAUACCAAGAUGAAUGUGCAUCUAAACCACCCUGAAGUCUACAGCCUUGGUUAUGUAUGAGGAGACGCUGAAGCCUUUACUCUUCUGUAGAAGAGAUUGUAAAGGAAAUAAGUCAGUGAGGCUUUAUUGGUUUGCAAUGCUAUGAAAGUGUUGCAAAGGAUUAAAAGAGACUGAGACAGAUGGUGGCUAUCUGCUAGAGGCAGGUAUGCUGUUGGACACUGAUGGCUUGAUCCUGAAUUCUGAGUUUGAUGCAUGGUUUUCUAUCCUGUGAUAUAAGGAAGCUCAGAAGAGAGGAUCGUAGUUGUCCCUUCUUCUCUUAGAAUCCACGAAUCUUCUGUGGGAUGUUUUUGCAGGGCAGGGACAUCCACUGCAACUGGUCACAAGGAUGCACCCAAGUCUCCCUUUGACCCAACCAGCAACGGGAAAAGGCAGAGAAGCCUCUGAAAAUGGCAAACCCCUUCACAUUCAGAUUAAAAGUACAAAGGUUUCCCCCUCAAAUGAGGUAUUGAUUCCAUGGUGUUCUCACUAAUCAGCUAAGGAAUUACAGCCUCCUCCUCUGAGGAGGAUUGAAUUAAAAUGGUUUACUGGGGACAGAAUAAGAAGUAAUGGGCUUAAAUUACAAAAAGGGAAAUUUUGAAUAUUAGAAAGGACUUUUUUUUCAGUAUAUCUUUGGUUAAAUACCAGGAAGGAUUACCUGGAAUCACUGGAAGUUUUUUCUAGAAGCAGGUUAGACAAGACCUGCUUGGUUGAGAUGGUUUAGAUGAUCCUGCCUUGGGCAGGGGGUCAGACUAGGUGACCUCCUGAGGUCCCUUCCAGCCUUGUUUUUCUAAUCCUAUCUCUGGAAAUCUCACCUUGGCAACUACUAAGAGUCUAGGUUAGCUGAAGCAAUGACUAUAAAUAGCUGGAUGAACUGUAUGGGGAUUUUGAUAGGAGCUAGUUGUUGAUAUGGUCAUUUUAGGGGAUGGGCAAGGAGUUGAAGUAGAUGUGACACAAAAGCUUUUGCUGUUCCUGUCCUUAGUGACCUGUUCCAUACACCGAGGGCUUCGUUCUGCAAGUAGUGAGCAAGGCCACUACUGGAGCAUCCCUUGUAGAUCCAACAGAGAGUGACAAGUGCUUGUGACUUGGGCUGUCUUCCCCUGAUGCCAGUGCACAAAGUCCAGAUAAGUAAUUAAUUCUCUGACAAAAGUCACUGUGGUCAGAUAGAGUUGAGGUGAACAGUACAUAUUGGUAAUAUGUUGCCAGCCCGAGAUCUUCUGGGUUAAAAUGUGUUAAGAAAUGGAAUUGCAGCUCUGUUUUGUCACGUCACCAGGUACCAGCAAUAACCGCAUGACUACAAUUAAGGCAUUUUGGUGUUUGCGAGGCCUGGAAUAAACUGAUUUUUAACUGCAAUUUUUCAUGUCCAUUUCUCCUGCCUAGUGUAACUACAGGGCAAAGUGAGGCUAUAAGUUAUUUUUGCACCUCCUAAUAGGCCAAGAAAUUUGGUGCAGAUGGCCAUUUUACACAGAUGGCCUUUUGGACGUGAUAUUUUCACCUCCUUUAUUAUAGGCACUUCCCUUGCCCCACUAGUACGACUUUUACUGUGUCUAUGUGAAAAGAAUUGGUUGUGCACACCAGUUGCAAGUGCAAGCUAAGCAUGUGGUCACGGGCACAAUGUGGGUUAUAAAAAUCCUUCCCUAAAUUUCACCCUUUGUUUAAAUAAGAGGUCUCCUAUGGGGAUAUUUGUGCCUUCCCAAGUGUACAGAGCACCACUAUGGUGCCGAGUUCUCCCUGCAACGUUCAGCCCAAACCAGCGUGUUUUUGUUUCUUUAGGACGUUCCAUAACCUUGGAUGCAUGUAGCUCUUGCAGUGUUGCAGGCAGAAAUUGGAACUGGAAACAAUGCAGAUCAGACAAAUGACUACAAAACAUGUUAGUCUUUCCAUUUGUACCCGACUGCCACGUGUGAUCAAACUUUUCUUCCCUUUACCUUUAGGGAAAACUGUCAAUAGGCCUAUCAAACUCCAGAUAAGUGGAAGAUAAAGAGAAACAUGGUGGUGGGCUGUUGGUCUUUGGAGGAGUUCUGAUUCUUCUUAUCAAUCCAAUUUUGGCCCGUUAGCCAUUUAAAAACAAAAUGGCAUUUGCCCUUCUGAUAAACCAGCUGGUUUUGAGAUAAGCCAGAAUGCAGAGUUUUAUUGAUCCAGUGAUAAGCUGCUGAUGUGUGAUCGGGCAGGGGUGGAGGGAGCAGACAGGGUGGCAGGCCCUUUUGGGUAUAUAGGUAGGGAUCCUAGAGGUCCCAUGUCAGCCCCGUGUCCAGGACUGAACUGCAGUGACCCGAGGACCCUUUGGGAACUGCUUCCAGAGAAGAGCACCAUGAAGUGGCUGAUUCUUGCCCUGGUGUGUCUCCACCUCUCUGAGGGGAUAGUGAGAGUUCCCUUGAAAAGAUUCAAGUCCAUGCGGGAGGUGAUGAGGGACAAGGGCAUGCUCAAGGACUACCUGCAGACGCACCAUUAUGACCCAGCCAGCAAGUACUACAAUCAGUUCUCUGUUGUUUCUGAACCCCUGGCUAACUACGUAGAUAUGUCCUACUAUGGUGAGAUCAGCAUUGGGACCCCUCCCCAGAACUUCCUGGUUCUCUUCGACACGGGCUCUUCCAACCUGCGGGGGCCUUCCGUGUACUGCUAGAGCGAGGCCUGCACCAACCACCUGCUGUUCAACCCUGCUAACUCCUCCGCAUAGUCCACGCAGGACCAGAGCUUCUCUCUGCAGUACGGGACUGGCAGCCUUACAGGAAUCUUCGGCUACGACACCGUCACCAUCCAGACCAUUGCCAUCUCAGACCAGGAGUUUGGCCCGAGUGAGACGGAGCCUGGCACUAACUUCGUCUACGCACGGUUUGUUGGGAUCCUGGGUCUGGCCUACCCUGCCAUCUCCGCCGGGGAUGCCGCCACCGUGAUGCAAGGCCUGAUUCAACAGAACCUCCUCGAUGCCCCACUCUUCAGCUUCUACUUGAGCCCGCAAGAUGGCUCUCAAGGCGGUGAGCUCAUCUUUGGAGGUGUUGACUCCAGCCUGUUCACUGGGGAGAUGAUCUGGACUCCUGUCACCCAGGAGGCUUAUUGGCAAAUUGCGAUUGAGAGUUUCUCCAUCAAUGGACAGACCACUGGCUGGUGUAACAAUGGCUGCCAAGCCAUUGUGGACACUGGGACUUCCCUCCUCACUGCUCCUGGAGAUGUCUUCUCAAACCUGUUGGAGUCUAUUGGAGCUGAGCAAAGCGGCAACGGCCAGUACGUUGUUGGCUGUGACAGCAUUGAUAGCCUGCCAACCAUCUCCUUUGUGAUCAGUGGAACCAGCCUCCCUCUGCCUACGUCAUCCAGGUAUGCAUUUCUCAUUAGCACAGAUGGCAGCUGCGUUGUUGGCAUUGGGCCUACUUACCUGCCAUCCCAGAACGGGCAGCCCCUGUGGAUCCUUGGUGAUGUCUUCCUCAGGUCUUACUACUCAGUUUAUGACAUGGGCAACAACCAGGUGGGCUUCGCUCUUGCCGCCUAAAUGAAACCCACCCUCUUCUGUGCGAUGCCAUACCGCUUCCCGCCUCUCCGCUGACCCUCCGUGCUGUGACAUAGUGGUCCCGACUGCUUCUCUGCCAUGUCCUGAGCAUUUCUCUCCACUGAACUCUGCCUUUUUUUGUUGUUGUUGUUGAAGCCUCUCUCUCUUGUACAAUUGGUGGUAUGAAAUUCUGGGUUCUCAUCCAAAGGUGACUGCAAAUAAAUAAA